GAGGGCAUGACGACGACAGCAGUCAAGUCGCAGCGACAAAUUGCCACCGAGGACAUCACCUCCAUCCUACACGGUGCCUGCCUCUCCAACAGCCUCUCCACGGAGGAGAAGAUCUUGCUGCUGAGCGAGGUGGCAGGGCAAGUGAGUGGACUCAAGCGACAACUGAACUCCCUGUCCGCGUCCCUGGCAGGCUUCAAGACUGAGGAAGAUGUGCCCCUGAAUCUUACUCAAGCAAAGCCGAACUUAACGAACGCCAAUAGAACGGUCACCGAUAUCCUCCUGGGCUCCUUAGGCUCUAACAACACAGAAACGGGCCUUGGCGAAAUAUCAAACGUUCAGCCCACUGGCACGUCCCUUCAAUCCCCAGCAAUUGCGGUUAACGGGUUGGCUUAUGACAAGGUUGACGAUAUGAAGAAAUUCAGACUUCCCCUCGGCCUACCUAACAGCGACGCCAACCUGAAGUUUUCUCAGUCCCCUCAAUCCCUCUCUAAGGUACGCCAAAUAAUGAUGUAUUUAUACAACCUACUAACAAAACAUCAGUAG